GAGUACCAGCUGGUACCACGGGCUCCUCAUCCUCCUCGAGGACUUCAUUUGUUGCUGCCUCUGAAAUCAGGACAUGGAACUGAAAUCGAAGAGCAAAUCUGUUCUCCUCGGAUGCAUCGUCGCCGUCUGCUUUUGUACACUUUGUCCUGCUGAAAGACUUUGCACGGUUCCUCCGGGCCCCGUCACGGUCCCAGAAAACAACACGGCUGACGUCCAGGUGGUGAAAAUCAGCUCCGGCGAUGAUGUAACACUGACAGUCACUGUGAACCCUGAAGAUCUGUUCUACUUAAAAGGGGACGAGCUGAUGGUGAAGAAAGGACUCGACUAUGAGUCACUUUCCAGUGCAACUCUGGUGGUGUGGGUGCAGUGCAGCAGAGCUGGCUCCAGAUCUGUGAACGAGUCUGUUGAAGUUUUGGUUGAAAAUGUGAACGAUAACCCGCCAAACUUUGCACAAAACCACUUCGUGCUGGAAGUAAAUGAGCUCGCUCCAGUGAACUCCACAGUUGGACUGAUAGAAGCAACGGACGUCGAUUCAGAGCCCUCUACUAUCGACUAGAGUCUGGCAACAGUUAA